AUGUCAGGGCUAUCACCCCUUGGCGCCCUCGCCCCCUCGGAGCUGCGCUGCUCUUACAGUUCCACGUCGGCAGAAGUAGAAGCACCAUACAGACAACUCAAUCACAAGGGCCAGUGCAGCAAGACAACCGACUGCUAUGCCGACUAUGAGCCCAAUGCCAAGCCCAGCCUGGUCUCCGCUCUUGUUAGCAGCUGA